UUCUUGGGCUUCUUGCAGGGCAUGAAUGGCAGGACAGCAUACAUAUCGCUUGUCUCUUUAUAUUGAUUUCUAGAGUAUCCUCUGUAAACUUUUACUUGUGUUUCCCUCUUCAAACAUGUCUAACAUCUUACAGAACCCACCAUCUCUCAGACUGUUGUCCUCAAAUUCGAUCCCACGUGACUUGUCAAUAUUAAGCAUUCCUUGUCAAAACCCCUCAAUUUUGAUCUCUAAGAAACUUUCUCGUGGAAAAUUCAUUCUUCCCGGGAAAAUUCAUGGGUUUGAAGGGGGAAAUGGAAUCUUUCAUGCUUGGAGCCAAGAGGGGUCUCUGCAAGAGGUGGAUGAUUCUCCUGUAUCGUUUGAGUUGGAGCCCAUUUACAGUGAGAGCCAGUUUGAUCGUGUGAUAGCAGAGGCACAGCAGCUUGUGGAAUUUGUUAUCAUUGUUUGGAUGGCAAGCUGGUGCAGAAAAUGUAUAUAUUUGAAACCAAAAUUGGAAAAGUUGGCAGCUGAUUACAAUAGAAGGGCAUUUUUUGAAGCGGAAUUGGGGGGUGAGAAAAGCAUUUAGCACUGGUAAUUUGGAAGGUUGCAUCCUUACAUGUAAUGUUUCGCAGCUUUCCUGGAUGCCUCUUGAUUUGUGUUUGUUGGGAUCUUUGAGGAUUGAACUCCAUUUCAUUCCCGAAUCCAGAAUCCAUUCAAUGCCUAAAUGAAUGUCCACUGUGUUUUUUUAAUAAAUCCAAGCAUGAUUUGACAAUUGAUCCUUUUGGCUUGCCAAUAUAAUUAUUGAGAACUGUCCUUCACCAAUGCAGAUUGCGGUUUUACUGUGUCAAUGUUAAUAAUAUCCCACGCAAACUUGUUGCUCGUUCAGGAGUUACUGAAAGCCUCAUAGUUACAUAUGGUCUAUAUUUUCUGUAAUUUUCCUUGUUUCUAAUUUUAUAUUGAACAGUCAGGACAAUUAAAAUUAUGUUGCAGCUAAACAGUUACAUGUUUUUCUUUCCUAGAUAGAAUGAGAUAGAAAAUCAAUUAGGGAAAGGGGGUAGAUGUUGAGUUGGAGGAAGUAUGAAAAUUUAGUUUAAGUUUACUUUGAGGGGUUGGAAUUGUUCCUUCUCUAGAUUUAAAUUUUUUUUAUUUAGUUGAUUUUUGUUUUUUUAA